CAAAUUUCCCGCCAUUACAUUCUGUCCCACCACUGCUGGCAACAUUAACCUCGGAAUCUCUCCAAAACAACAAACUUCCUUUUACUCUGGGACGUCAAGAAACAAGAUAAUCAACAAAAAUGUCCGACGUUGAUGUUGAUGAAACUCCCUCUGGACCACCGCCAUCCGGCGGUCCCAUGGACGUCAACACUGCUCUACAGGAGGUCCUCAAAACCGCCCUGAUCCACGACGGUGUCGUGCAUGGGCUCCACGAAGCCGCCAAGGCCCUUGACAAGAGGCAGGCUGAACUCUGCGUCCUCGCCGAAAACUGCGACGAGCCCAUGUACAAGAAACUCGUUUCUGCCCUGUGCUCCGAACAUCAGAUUCCUCUGAUUAAGGUUGACAACAACAAGAAGUUGGGUGAAUGGUCCGGACUCUGCAAAAUUGACACCACAGGCAAGGCACGGAAAGUUGUCGGAUGCUCGUGUGUUGUAAUUAGGGAUUAUGGUGAAGAAUCGCCUGCCCUAGAUAUUCUUAAAGAAUACCUUAAGAAUGCUAAGUAAUUUUUUAAAAUAAAAAAUACAAAUAUA